AUGAGCAAACGUAGAAGGACUAGCUCCUUUCAUGAUGAAGAAAACAGCGACUACGACACUUCGCCCGAGCAAAGUCCUGUACCGCCGACCUUUACAAGAAAAAAGAAGCGUCUUGAUCCGAUGGAGUUGUGCCAACAUCUUUAUGAAUCAAUUCGCACAUUCAAAAAAGAAGAUGGAACUACGCUUUGCGACACUUUUAUUCGAGCACCCAAGCGGCGGCAAGAACCAUCUUACUAUGAGGUAGUAGUUAAUCCUAUUGAUUUACUGAAAGUUCAGCAAAAAUUAAAAACAGAUUCAUAUGAAGACGUGGAGGAUUUAACGGCAGACAUAGAACUGAUAGUAAGCAACGCAAAAGCCUUUUACAAACCAGACUCUUCUGAAUAUCAAGAUGCUUGUCAUUUGAUGGACGUUUUUAAUACAAAUAAACGCCGUAUCAUAGAGAACCAGCUUGAAGAGGCAUGCAUGCCAGAACCAAAGCCAAGAAAAAUAACACGCCCGAGAAAAUCGGUUACUGUAGACGAAGAAGAUGAUUCCCAACAAAUGUCCGAUUUUGAUCCCUUUGAGGAGCUUUUCGCUGUCGUUAUGACUGCCACAGAUCCGUUAGAUAAUCACGGCUUGCAUCACAUGUUCCAGCUUUUGCCUUCCAAAAAACUCUACCCUGGAUAUUACGAUAUUAUUGACCAUCCAAUCGACUUAAAAUUUAUCGCAACUAAAAUACAGACCUGCGCCUACUCGAAUCUAAAUGAAAUGGAGAAAGAUUUAUUGCAAAUGACUAAAAAUGCAUGUACUUUUAAUGAGCCUGGAUCGCAGAUCUACAAAGAUGCAAAAAUGUUGAAAAAAAUAUUCAUGGCUCGAAAAGCCGAAAUAGAAUCAGGACGUUAUAGAAAAUGCUCCAACGUGAAACGGCCCCGAACGGCCUCCAGCGCUAUGGUAGCUGCACUGAAGGAAGAAAUCGAGAGCUCUGAUGAUGAUUUAGAUGAUUCAAUGGAAACAGAGGGAGAUGGUCCACUUUGGCAAAUAUUUGAUCAGCUGUACAAUACGGCCAACACUAACGAUCCCAAUGCCUUAGGUGCGCCUUUGGGUGAAUCUCUCUGGAAGCUACCAAAUAGGCGGUUUCAUCCGGAAUAUUAUAACCUCAUCAAGAAACCUAUUUCAAUGGCCCAAAUACGAAAUAAGCUAAAAAAAGGAGCGUAUACGCAUAUUACGGACAUGACAGCUGAUCUAUAUUUGAUGCUGGACAACGCAAAGAAAGCUAAUGCUCCGAACAGCAAGGCUCACAAGGACGCCUUAAAAAUGCAAAAAAUACUUAAUCAAAAACUUAUCGAUGCAGCGGAUUUAGAAGAUAGUGACGAAGAGGAAGACGAUGAGGAAGGCGACACGGAUUCGUCAACGCAAACACCUUCUCGCAAAAAAGGCCGUAUUACUAGAGAUAACAAAAAUAUCGGCUCACCUCCAUCGCAAUGCUCAUCACAAAGCAAUUCCGCAGCGCAUAAAUCUAAUCGCUUAGUACCGACAACAUCUUUGAAAAAAAAAUUACUUUCAUUACACGAGUUUCUGGUUGAUUAUACAACCUAUGAUAAUGGUCACCAACCGAUGGCUCUUUUUAUGGAAAAACCGUCUAAAAAACUAUAUCCAGAUUAUUAUCAAGUUAUUCAACAUCCGAUUGAUAUGACAACAAUCGAGAACAACAUCAAAGCUGAUCGGUACAGCACAAUCGAUGAUAUUGUAGGCGAUUAUCGUUUGAUGUUUUCAAAUUGUCGCAAGUAUAACGAAGAAGGAUCAAUGAUUUACGAAGACGCCAAUGUACUGGAGAGAGCACUAAACGAUAAACUCAAGGAAUUUUCCGGAAUUAAUAAGAAGCUGAAUUUUGCAGCCAAAGGUGUGAAACCUCUGCGUAAACAUAAUGCUACUCCUUUGGAAGCGAAACUGAAGCAAAUGUACGACACAAUACGAGAAUACCGAGAGCCGAAGCAGAACCGUCAACUUUCAUUCAUAUUUAUGAAGCUCCCGUCGAAAAAUGAAUAUCCUGACUAUUAUGAUAUUAUCAAAAAUCCUAUUGACAUAGAAAAAAUAGAGAAAAAGUUGCGGCAGCAAAUAUACGAAAGUGUUGAUGAUAUGGCGGCUGAUUUCAUGCUUAUGUUUGAAAAUGCAUGCAAAUAUAAUGAACCGGAUUCUCAAAUUUACAAGGACGCUCUUUGUCUCCAGCAGUUACUGAUACAGACCAAACAAUCUUUGCGUAGCGAUGAAACGGUGCCCAAUGUGCAGCAAGCGGUACAAGAACUUUUACUGUCAUUGUUCACUACAUUUUAUAAUUAUCAGGACGAGGAAGGAAGAUGCUACUCUGACUCGUUGGCUGAACUUCCAGAAUAUGACGAUUGUGACGGUAACAGGUUAAGAGCCAUUUCCUUAGAUCUUAUCAAACGACGCUUAGAUAAAGGAUUAUACAAGCGUUUGGAUACAUUUCAAGAAGAUAUUUUUUGCUGUUUGGAGCGUGCACGUCGUCUUAGUCGCACUGAUUCACAAGUGUUUGAAGACUCAAUUGAACUACAGUCUUAUUUUAUUAAGAAACGUGAUGAAUUAUGCCAGAAUGGAAAUGUGCUUGAGUCGCCAGCUCUUAGUUACAGUACACUGCAUCUAAGUGCGGCAGUGGAAUCUCUUCGCCAAUCAAAAUUACUUCAAGAAGAAGAGACAGACACUGAUAGCGAUGCUGUGCAACCUUUUCAAGGAGAAAGUAUGACUAUUGAUCAAAAAGUGUUUUCUCCAGGAGAUUUUGUUUACAUUGAUCUUCCAGAAAAUAAGAUUCCUGGCAUCAUGUACAUCGAACGUUUAUGGACAACGACCGACAAUAUCAAGAUGAUGAAUGGAAUAAUGCUGCUUAGACCUUACGAAACAUUUCACGUCCAAACAAGAAAAUUCAUGGAACAGGAAAUUUUUAAAAGUGAUCAACGUGUUGAAAUUCCUUUAUCUAAAGCACUCAACAAAUGUUUCGUCAUGCAUGUCCGAGAUUAUGUUAAAAUGAAACCAGAAGGUUUUGCCGGGAGAGACGUUUUUGUAUGUGAAUCUCGCUACAGCUCAAAAGCUAGGUCAUUUAAAAAACUCAAAACGUGGAAUCUGGUCCGUGCGAAUGAUCCAGUUAGACUAACCCCACGUGAAACACCCUUAGAGGUUAAACGUGUCAUGUCCGUAUUUAAAGAGCGAGUUGAAAAGCACAAAGAAGAACUUUCUGAGCUGCAGCUUCAAGAAGCGAUUGCAGAAAAAGAGAAACCAAACGUAGUUAUAUAUAUGAAUGGGGUGGAAGAUGGAAACGUUUACUACGAACAAUACAAUACUGUUUGCGGAGGUGUAGUUAAAACAGGUGAUUACGUGUAUGUUGCUACAGAGUCUGGUAAACAAUCGAUAUCGCAAAUCACAUCUAUUUGGGAAACCCGAGACGGAAAAUCUUUAUUCAGAGGGCCUUGGCUUCUUACGCCACCGGAAGUUCCUGGAACAAUAAGCCGUAUGUUUUAUCGACAAGAAGUUUUACUUUCAACAAUUCAGGAGACCACAUCAACGGUUGCUAUCGUUGGUCGAUGCGCUGUACUGGAUCAAAACGAAUACAUUACUAGAAGAGCGACAGAAAUUGCAGAAUCUGAUGUGUUUAUGUGCGAAUCUAUUUUCGACGAAUUUAAGAAGCAAAUUCGUAAAAUAGUAGCCCCAUCUGGAUUGCGUAAAUUUACUCAUAGUCAGAUGGUUACAACUGACGAAGUCUAUCAUUUUCGACGUCCAAUAAACCCUCUGAAGGUUACAUGUGGCGAGAUAGCAGCUGUUCAGGAUAAUAAACCAAAUUCAUCCCACGAUUCAAUGGAUAUGAAGGAAGACUUUAGCAUCAUUGAUGAUUCGAUCGAUGGCCCUCCUUCGAUUGGCUCGGACACAAUUAUGACGGCAUCGCCCCAUCCAUCGGGACAUUCGGUCAACGCUAGUAUUUCAUCGAUGCCCAACAGAAAACCUACAAAACCGGCGGGCAAGAAGCUCGUGACUGGUUACAUAUUGUACUCUAGCGAGCAUCGGAAGACUAUCUGUGCCAGUAAUCCGGAAGCUACUUUUGGUGACGUAUCAAGAAUUGUCGGAAAUGAAUGGCGUAAUUUAAGCGACCAAGAAAAGACCAUCUGGGAACAACGAGCCAUCAAGAUAAAUGAAGAAAGUGCAGCAAAAUAUGCGGCAGAAAUGGGCGAGUCGAAUUGUCCUAGUCCAGCUACCAUCAAAUCUGAGGGUCCAAUCGUACAGGACAUCAUAGCAAAUCACGCUUAUGAAUGCUGUUGGGACAAAUGCGACUACCAGUUUGAAGAUCCCAGCGAAUGCUCUGAUCACUGCAUAACAGAAAACUCAGGAUGUGUGUACAAAACAUUCACGACCUCAACUGAUCAGGAAUUUAUAUGCAUCUGGAGAAACUGCGUUCGACUGCGUCGCAAUAUGCCACCUUUUCCAACCAUCGCACGUUUGGUAAAACACGUAAAGGAGGUCCAUUUAACCAAAAGUGUCAGCAAAUCAAUACAGCCUCAAGACCGUAGUAAAAAUUACGUUCUUUCAAAGCGCCCUCCAUCAGCCUUGAAUAACCCGGCUGCUGGAACCAGCAACACUAACACCAAUAGCGUGGGAAUGAUUACGCUUCAACCAAUGGGUAACAUAGGAAAUCAUUCGUUCAACUCUACCAACGCCUUAUCCGUGUCUACUCAAAACACAGGGCACGCCUCCGGAUGCAUGCAAAUGCAACCGAUGCAGCAUGCCCUACAGCAGCAAUCUAUGUCUACUAUUGGCAACGGAUCUGGAACGCCUCAGGCAUCCAAUUCGGUUGCCACUCCAUAUUUUAGUUAUAUAUCAACGCAACCUGCAGAACCUUUAUUCGUCACUGUUCCUCCACGGCCGCAACGUGUGCUGCAUUCGGAAGCGUACAUCAAAUAUAUUGAAAGACUUCAACAGAAGUCGACGUACGUAACGCCAUGGCAAAAAACAUUCACUGCAACAAGAGAAACAAUACCCAACGUUGAUGUCAAUCGACUCCCUGUACAAUGGUUGGGGAAAAACGCCCAAGAUCGUGCGGAAGUUGUAGUCGAUGCUUUGUGGCAGUUGCGUAACUUUAUGAUGAAGGAAAUUAUUCAGUUUGAUCGCUUUUGAAACUGUU